UUCUGCUCUAACUGCUGAGUGGAUCUGUGCGACCCAUCCGAGCAGCGAUGGCGGCACGUGGGCGGGGGCAGAGGACGCUAAGUUUCACUAUGGAAACAGUCAAAGGAGAUGCUCCACCUCCAUCGGUGCAGCAGCCCACACCUGUGUUUCCUGUGAUGGAGCGGAAGCCCCUCCCCCUGACAGGCGGGGAGGAGGCGGAGUAUCUGUUGGCCCUGAAGCAGGAUUUCAGAGGCGCCAUGAGGAGUCUGCCCUGCUUCAUCCAGCCGCUGGUGACUCACAGAGAUGUGGAGCGUUACUCUGAUAAGUACAACAGGAGCGAGCAGAUGGACAAGCUGCUGGACUGGGCUCCAGACUGGAAGAGAUUCCCCAGAGAGCUCCGAGUCCACGUCAGGAAACCUGCCAGAGACAGUGUAUCGGCCGCCGUUCAGUCUCCUCCUCCUCAGAUGAAGAAGAAGGGCGUGAAGGAUAAAGAGGAGGUGCUGCUCAAACUGGAGAGCCUGGAGAAGAAGGAGGAGCAGGAGACGUCAGAGGACGAGGAGGGAGAGACGAAGAAGAAGCAGGAGGAGGAGGAGGCAGAGGGAGAGGAGGAGUACGACGAAGAGGAGUUCGAGGAGGAGACGGAUUACAUCAUGUCAUACUUUGAUAACGGCGAGGAUUUUGGCGGCGACAGCGAUGACAACAUGGACGAGGCUAUUUACUAAAGCACCAGCACACAUGACUUCCAGUCACAUGUUCCUGCGGUCGAGUCAGACCGACGACGAUGAUGAUGGUGAUGAUGAUGAUGAUGAUGAUGAGGAGGAGACUUUUUCUGAAUGUUUUUAAACUUUUGUACAAAAUGUAAUCAGUUUUAUUUUCUGCUGCUGGAUCAAUAAAAACGUCUCACACA